AUGGCUACUAGAAAUAAAUGUUCGGUGUGCACAAAAAACGCGGGUACGUCCAUCUGCCCUGGAUGUCAAGCAUAUUUUUGUGAUAAUGACUUCAAAGAUCAUCGUGGAAAGUUGAUCAAUGAAUUAGAUGGAUUAGUCAUCGAGCGAAAUCUUCUUCAGGAGAAAAUUAACAAGACCAAUAUGAACAAAGCACAAAACAACACGUUUCUGUCGCAAAUUGACGAAUGGCAACAAACUACCAUUGAAAAAGUGAAACAAGUCGCUGAUCAGGCACGAAAACAAGUUUUGGAAGUUAUGAAUUCGGAGCUUCGCAAUAUUACGACAAAACUUGAGGAACUAACACAGGAACUCAAACAACUCACAGAUACAAAGGAUGUUCUGGAGCAAGAUUUAGUCAAAUUGAAAGAAGAUGUCAACCGAUUGAAUAAUACGGUCGCACAACUGACUAAACCAAGCACAAUCACACUCAAUGUGACGAAUAGUGCUCAAAUUCAAUGGAAUCAAAUGAUAUUUGUCGAACAAAUCAGAGUUCAGACGAAAAAACAACCAACAGGCCAAUCGCAACAAGAAAAUACCUCUUCCCAGAUGCAGACGCUCCCAUGCGGCGGUCAUCCUUGCUCGUCAUGUCAUCUGUGUUCACUUUUCACGUAA